GCUAUCAUUCCUUUCUUCUUCUCAGGUUGUCUCUCCGUGAAGUCAUUUUCAAGAGGAAAUAUGGUCACACAAGCAUAGACUCUCUAUCUCUUAGCCUCCCAGUGUUUAUAUUUUGAGAACAUGGCUUCCUCAGGAUCAACUUUCUCUCAAGAAGUUUUGACAUGUUUGAGGUUUUAUCAUUUUGUGACACACUGGGGGAAGGAAGUAGUUUAUAAAAUAUACAACAUGAGCUUUCUCCACGGACAAAACAAGAGUAUCCACGAGAUUCUCAUCGAAAACCAGGUUCCACUUGGAAAGAAAAGCCCUUUCAGUCCCCUGGAAAUCGACAAUAUAAGAAAUAAAACUCCAAAAGAUUUGGAUAUCACGGUCAUGAACAAAAUCUGCCAGUCUCUUUGGCAAAGAAGGGUGAAGGAUCCUGGUGACGAACUCAAAGGAUUAGUGAGGAAAAUAAAAAAUGAGAGGAACUUUGUUAGCCAUGAAGCCCCUAAUAUGUCAGGCACUGAUUUGGAAAGUAAACUCAGAGACUUUCAAGCAACGCUCGAGGUAACUCUUGAGAAAACUAAGUCUCUCUUUCCAUUCGAUGGUGCUGACAUUGACCAGCUCAAAGCAGAGAUCCAAUAUGCUCUUCCAAAGACCCUAGAAAAGAUCCGUGAGAAAUACAAUCCCUCAAAUCAACAGGAUUUACAAAGGCUUAAAGAAGAAAUAGAAGAGUUUGGAAGUGAGCUUUCUGAAAUGAUACAAAAAUCCUCUGAGCUAGAACUCCUGUCUCUUCAUGAACGCCUCUGUCAGAUUUUGCCUUACGACUGGCUCGCUCAGUAUGGGCUUACGGAUCCAUCUAACAUCAUGGUCUGUUUAAAAGUGGAGGAUGAUCAGGAGUUAAAUAAAAGUCUUAAUGACAAUAAAAGUACCAUUGUAAAUCAACAAGACAUCUUCAACAUGAAAGAUCCAAUGGGAAAAGACCCCGAAGUUGUGAUUAUAUCUGGUAAUGCAGGUUCUGGAAAGACCACAAUUCUUUGUUCCUAUGCAGAGGGAUGGUGCAAGAAGACAACUGAUAUUCCAGAACUCUCUUCCUUUUCUACUCUGCUCUAUAUGCAGUUCAGAAAUCAUGACUAUGACAACUUUGAUGACUUCCUCAAAAGUUUGAUUCCAAAGGCUGUUGCUCAAUUUCCUUUUGAUCUUGUCAAAUCAGUUGUCCUAGGUUCAAUGUGCUUGGUCUUAUGUGAUGGCUAUGAUGAGGCCAAUGAGAAUUCUAGAAAACUCUUCCUAAAUAUAUUAGCACUUAAUUCAAAUAAAAUGAAGUUUGUUGUCACAACACGUCCGGGUAAUACAGAGGGAUUAACAAAAAUUGUGAAUGAAAGAAAGCGUUCCAGAAUCAACCUCAAAGUUUCAGGUCUUCGGGAAGAGGAUAUGAAAUUGCUCACAGAAAAACUCAUUGGCCACCUGAUGAAAGAUAAUGUUACCCACCCACCAAGGAGGCAAAUGAAGAAAGAGGUGCUACAG